UUGGAGGUUGAAGGAAUACACCGAAUUUCGGCACCGAAAGUAAAUUUGGAUAAGUUGGAAGAAGCGGCAAAUUCGCGUCAGGCUGUCCAUUUCAGUGAUGUCCACGAUGCGUCUGGUUUGCUGAAACGUUUUGUGCGCCAGCUACCUCAUCACAUCCUCACCGAUGAAAUGCGGCACACUUUUGAAAAAAUUGCUGCAGAAUGUCCAUGUGGAGCGCUGUCACCAUGCCGAUGCCUGGUGGCCGAUAUACUGAAAGCCCAGCUAAAUUCUUUGCCGCGCGAGAAUUAUACACUGCUGGCAUAUUUGUUCAUACAUGCACAGAUGAUUUUGCAAAAAAGUGAUCAAAAUAAGAUGGGUUUGGCAGCGCUUGGAUUAAUCCUACAGGCAGCACUGAAUAUAUCGCAGCCUCUUGUCCGAAUUUUGUUGCUCAAUGCUUCCAAUGUCAUUCCAAUGGAGUAUCAU